CGGGGGAUGGGUGUAGCUUGGCAGGUGAUUAAACACAGGCCUCCAACAUGUUAACACACACACACACACACAGCUGUUUAUGUCACUAUUACUCUUCAUCGUCGUCGUCUUCAUCCUCACCUCACACUCCUGUAAAUCCUGUUGGACCUGCUGCCAACACACACACAUGCACACACACGCACUAUAGCCUCUAGCCCAGCAUUUCAUAGGCAGAACAUUCCAGCGCGCUGAUUGUGAAUUAUUUGAACAUCUCAACACGGUCUUCUUCCAGAACAAGCAGUAACCUUUCACAUGAAAAUACAGCAUAACAACAAUAAUAAUGCUAAUAAUAAUAAUGGUAAUAUUAAUUAGAAUACUUAUAACCACAGUGAUAAUAAUUUAAUAGUAACAAUAAUAAUAGCAAUAUAAUAAUAAUAAUAAUGACAUUAAUGAUAAUAUAACAUCCAUCCAUCCAUUUCCUAUACCACUUCUCCUCAUUAGGGUCGCGGGGGCAUGCUGGAGCCUAUCCCAGCUGACUUCGGGCGACAGGCGGGGUACACCCUGGACUAAGCCAAUCGCAGGGCACAUAUAGACAAACAACCAUUCACACUCACAUUCAUUCCUAUGGACAAUUUAGAGUUGCCAAUUAACAAUGAGAAUAAUAAUAAUAAUAAUGACAAUCAUAUUAGUAUAAUAAUAAUCCAGCUAGGAUGGCUCCAGCUCACCCUUCCACCCUCAACAGCGUUAGAAAAUGGAUGAAGACAGUAGACAGAAGACAGUCAACAAGUUCCUUUGUUCUUGUGUCUGCUUCACAUUCCAAAUCGUCUGUCAGUGAAUGUGGCUUGAUGUGGUGGAUGCCUGCAGGAACCAGAGCCGCCAAACACAACCACAUGGUUCGUUUCAUCAGGCCUCACAGCAACACAAUGAAGGCCUUCUAUUACAUGUUUCAUUCUUUGGAAUUCCAACAUCUGCAUCUUUAUUUGCUCUGCAUGGAACACAUGAACAGGAAGUGGAAGCUCCUCACGUACAGUACUGGCUCAGUUUUGAGAGCACUCAAGCUGUGGAUGUGCUCAGAAAAACUAUCUACUCAUCUCAAUGUCUGCAAAGUAACAGCAUGGAACGGAGCCAAGCAUCUGCAGAUAAUGACUUUUUACAACAACAAAGAGGCAAAGGGAAAACUGUGAUUAAAUGUCUGAAGUUUUUUAUACUUUUAUGCUGGUUUUGCGCCGCUCCAGAUGUGCGGUGAUGGCAGCUGGCAGUGGCCAUGGCCUGAUGGUAUCAACUGACGCUGGUCUUUGUCGUGGCAGGAGGAACACUAGCAGCAUGGAGGGGGGGCCAAGUCUUCUUCUGGUCAUGGUCAUGGUCAUGGUCGCGCUCUGUUUCCAUGGCAACACGGCACAGAGGACAGUGUGCACUCAAGAGGCCGUGGCCGACCUCGUCUUCAUGGUGGACGGUUCGUGGAGCAUCGGCGCCGAGAACUUUGAGCAGAUACGCCGUUUUUUGUCCACGCUUGUCAACGGCUUUGACGUGGGUCCGGACCGUGUCCGUAUGGCUUUGGUCCAGUACAGCACCACACCGCGAAGCGAGUUCCUGCUCAACACCUACCGGAACAAGGCUGACAUCCUGCAGUACAUCAGCACGCUGCCUUACAUGGGGGGCGGCACCCACACGGGUCAAGGCCUGGACUUCAUGUUGAGUAAGCAUUUUGUGGAAGAGGCCGGGAGCAGGGCAGCCCAGAAUGUGCCGCAGAUCGCUGUGGUCAUCACCGACGGGAAGUCACAAGAUGACGUAGAGUCUCACGCCUUGGAACUGAAGAAGAAAGGCAUCGUCUUGUACGCGAUCGGGAUUAAAGAUGCCGAUGAAGACCAGCUGAGGGAGAUCGCCAACGAGCCGCACACUCAGCAUGUCUACAGCGUGUCCGACUUUGCAGCACUUCAGGGAAUUUCCCAGAGCAUCGUCCAGACACUUUGCACAACCGUGGAGGAGGUCAAACGGCAACUUCUGCAGUUGUCACAAGAAUGUGCCAAAGCCACUGUGGCCGAUAUCGUCUUCCUGGUGGACGGUUCUUCAAGCAUCGGCAUUGAUAACUUCCAGGAGGUCCGAGGUUUUCUCCGAAGCGUGGUCUCUGGUCUUGACAUUGGUCCAGACAAAGUCCGGGUGGGUUUGGCGCAGUACAGCGAUGAAACUUAUCAGGAGUUCUUGUUGAAAGAUCACAUGGACAAGAAAUCCCUGCUGGCUGAACUGGACAAGUUCCCCUAUCGGACGGGAGGCACGGAGACCGGAAAGGCCAUCGACUUCCUCCGGACGCAGUACUUUACAGAAAGUGCCGGGAGCCGAGCCAGCCAGCGAGUGCCUCAGAUCGCUGUGGUUAUCACAGAUGGAGACUCCACCGACGACGUGGUAGCGCCCGCUCAGCACCUGAGACAACACGGAGUCAUUGUCUUUGGUAUCGGAGUGGGACAAGCCAACCGCGCAGAGCUCGAGUCCAUUGCCAACCGACCUUCUGACAACUUUCGAUUCUUCAUCGAUAGCUUCCAGGCCCUUCAGAGGCUGACUGAGGGUCUGCUGAAAACCAUGUGCACCUCCAUGGACAACCAGAGGCAAGCCUUGUCAGAAAAGUUUGCUGACAUUUUCUUCCUCGUGGACAGUGGCUUGAGUCAAGCUGAGUUCCAGCAGGCCAGAAGCAUCCUCGUGCGAUUGGCCAACCAACUUAACUUUGGAGUCUCAGCGCAUCGCCUCGGCUUGGCUCAGUACGGUCAAGAUACUAAGGUGGAAUUUCUCCUCAAUGCUCACCAAACAAAAGACGAGACCAGUGGCGGCGUCCGGCGUUUCCGCCAGCGCAGAUUACAGCCCAACGAGCCACGCAACCUGGGCAGCGCCUUGGAGUACGCCAGCUCUCACUUCUUCACCAGCGAGGCGGGAAGCCGCGCAGACCAAGGCUUUCGACAAUUUCUGGUUGUUUUGAGCGGGAAAGACUCGGACGACCCCAUUUACAAGCAGUCUCGCUUGAUCAAGUCAGAGGGCGUGACCGUUGUGGCGCUGAGCCUUGGAGCGUCCAUGCAGCAAAUGCGCAUUGUAGCCACAAGUCCUUAUGCGUACCAGUCCAUCUCCAACGCUGUCCCGGCUCUGAAGGCGAUUUUUGAAAGCGAGGAGAAGCAGAUCACUCCUACUGGAGAAUGCAAAGGAGCCAAACUGGCAGACAUUGUGUUUAUCAUUGAUGAAUCAGGAAGCAUCGGAACUCCAAACUUCCAGCUGGUGCGUACCUUCUUGCACUCAAUUGUAAGCGGCCUGGACGUGGGUCCGUCUAAAGUGCGAGUGGGCAUCGUCAUGUAUAGUGAUAAAGCGUUAGCACCAGUCUACCUCGACACCUUCAGCGACAAGAAUGAAACACUUAGUUUCAUCAAAAUCUUACCCUACCAUGGCGGCGGCACAAACACUGGAGCUGCCCUCAAUUUCACACGGGAGCACGUGUUCACCAAAGAAAGAGGGAGCAGGAAAGACAAGAGCGUCCAGCAGGUGGCUGUGGUGAUCACUGAUGGUAAAUCCCAAGAUGAUGUGAGCACCGCCGCUGCUGACCUGCGUCGGGCCGGUGUCACCAUCUACACAGUCGGAGUCAAAAACGCCAACCAUGCCCAGCUGGUGAAGAUGGCGUCGCACCCCCCCAGCAAGCACAUGUUCACCGUGGACAGCUUUGCCAAACUCAAGUCACUGGAGCAAAAGCUGCAGAAGACUGUUUGCCACAACAUCAUCCGCCAAGCUGUCAGCGUCAAUGUGAGAAGAAGUAGCAUUAAAGAAGGAUGCUUGCAAACAGACGAAGCGGACAUCUUCUUCUUGAUCGACCACUCCGGAAGCAUUCAACCCACCGACUUUUAUGACAUGAAGAAGUUCAUCAUUGAGUUCCUCAAUACCUUCCGUAUCGGGCCACAGCAUGUCCGCAUGGGGGUCGCCAAGUAUGCCGACGCACCAAACCUAGAAUUUGAUCUGACGGCCUACACAGACGUCAAAAGCCUGGAGAAGGCCGUGGAGGCCAUCGUGCAGGUCGGAGGCGGGACUGAAACAGGAAGGGCGCUAGAGUUCAUGGUCCCACAGUUUGAUCGGGCGAUGGUCACACGUGGUCAGAAAGUGCCGGAAUACUUGGUGGUCAUCACUGAUGGGAAAUCCUCAGAUGAUGUCAAGGUGCCUGCAGACAAGCUACGUGCACAGGGUGUCACUGUCUACGCCAUUGGAGUGAAAAACGCUGUGAUGGAUGAGCUGAAUGAGAUUUCUGGCAACCCCAAGAGGACGUUCUUCGUCAACAAUUUUGAUGCUCUGAAUCCCAUCAAGGACGACAUCAUCACCGACAUCUGCUCCACAGACGUUUGUAAAGACAUACCUGGAGACCUCCUGUUCUUGAUUGAUAGUUCUGGGAGCAUCUAUCCGCAAGACUACGAGAAAAUGAAAGACUUCAUGAAAUCUGUUAUUGGCAAGUCUAACAUCGGACAGAAUGACGUUCACGUUGGUGUCAUGCAGUUCAGCACCAUCCAGCAGCUGGAGUUCCCCCUCAACCGCUACUACACCCAAGACGAAAUGUUGAAAGCCAUCGAUGGCAUGCAGCAGAUCGGAGGAGGCACACACACAGGUGAAGCUAUCGCAGCAUUAUCGCAGUACUUUGAUGCUCCCAGUGGAGGGCGUCCUGGCGUGAGGCAGAGGAUGGUGGUAGUGACCGAUGGCGAGGCCCAAGAUGAUGUAAAAGUUCCCGCCAUGGCCUUGAGGCGCAAGGGUGUGGUGGUCUACGCCAUUGGGGUAGUGGACGCCAACACCACCCAGCUGCUGGAGAUCUGUGGAUCACCAGACCGGGUCUAUGCCGAGAGGGACUUUGAUGCUCUGAAGGACUUGGAGAGCCAGGUGGCUUUGGAGAUCUGCGAUCCAGAGAGAGAUUGCAAGAAGACAGAGAAGGCUGACAUUAUCUUCCUGGUGGAUGGCUCAACGAGCAUCACCUUGGACAAGUUCAGAAGCAUGCAGAAGUUCAUGUCCUCAAUUGUGAGCCAAACCACGGUUGGCAAAGACCUCACUCGCUUUGGAGUCAUUCUCUACUCCUCAGACCCCAAGUCCAUUUUUACUCUCAACCAGUACGAGUCCAAACGAGACGUUCUUCAAGCAAUUUCAGCUCUGAAGCCUCCGUAUGGAGAUACCUACACGGGCAAAGCUUUGGAUUACGCCUUGGCGUUCUUUAACGACGAGCACGGGGGUCGGGCAGCACUUGGCAUUCCCCAAAUUCUCAUGGUGAUCACAGACGGCGAUGCCACAGACCGCAACAAUCUGGUUGAACCGUCCACGGCAAUGCGAGAAAAAGGAAUAAGCGUCUUCAGUAUUGGAGUGGAAGGCGCCAUCAGGGACCAGCUGGAGAUCAUGGCUGGUCACGACCUACACCGAGUUUUCUAUGUGGAUAAUUUCGCCGCCCUGGAAACUUUGUACAAGAAUAUCACGCAAGUUCUCUGCAACUCCACAAAGCCAGCCUGCGAGAAACAGAAAGCCGACCUGGUCUUCCUGAUCGAUCAGUCUGGCAGCAUCAGCUUGCAGGAUUACGCCAUCAUGAAAAAUUUCACGACAGAACUCGCAUCCAGCUUCAGCAUCAGCGAGGAUUUAGUGCGCGUUGGCCUGGCCCAGUUCAGUGAUAUUUUCCAGCAUGAGUUCUACCUGAACCAGUACUACACCUACGAGUCAGUCACCAAGCGCAUCAUGGAUAUGAACCAACGCGGCGGGGGCACCUUGAUUGGAAGGGCGCUGGAUGCCAUUAGGGGGCACUUUGAAGCCUCGCAGGGCUGCCGAAGAUCGACCGGCAUCUCCCAGAAUUUGGUGUUGAUCACUGAUGGUGAAUCCCAGGAUGAGGUGCAGGAGGCCGCAGACCGUCUCAGGGCUCUAGGUAUUGAGGUGUUCGCCAUUGGCAUCGGUAACGUCCACGAUCUGGAGCUCUUGCAGAUCACCAACAGUGCCGACAAGCUCUUCACAGUGGAGAACUUCAAUAGUUUGGAGAAUAUCAAACAAAAGGUGGUCAGCACAAUCUGCAAAUCCAAACCUCCCCAAGAUCUUUCAGGCUGCAGUAUCGACAUCGCCAUGGGGUUCGACAUCUCGCAGAGAAGCGGCCUUCCAGGUGAGAUGUUGGUCAGCGGCCAUGCCAAGCUUAGGACCUUCCUGCCAGAGAUUGUGCAUUACCUUUCCACCGUCCCUGGGCUGUGCUGCACUGGCACCGCCCCCAUCAACACCAAAAUCGCUUUCAGAGUGGUGGAACAAGACGGACGUCUCCUGCACGACUUCAAAUUCAAGCCCUAUGAUUCAAGUGAUGACGUUGUGACGAAGGUCAUGACCUUAAAUUUGAACGUUCCCACACGGCUCAACACUGCCAUGCUAAAGUCCUUCGGGGAGAAGUUUAAGGCAGAUUCCAGAGGUGCCGUAAAGGUUCUGGUGAUCUUCUCAGACGGACUCGAUGAAGAUGUGUUGAAACUGGAGUAUGAGGCGGAGCAGCUGCGACAGUCUGGCGUCAGCGCACUGCUGAUGGUGGCCCUGGAGGGGGCACAAGACACUGCCCAGCUGCAGAUGUUGGAGUUCGGCCGAGGGUUUGGCUACAAGCUUCCUCUCAGCAUCGGAAUGCAGAGUGUUGGCAGCACAAUCCUCAAACAGAUUGACACUGUCUCAAAUCGAGAGUGCUGCAACGUCAUGUGCAAGUGUUCAGGACACGAAGGCAUUCGAGGCUCUCGGGGUUCGCCAGGGUCAAAGGGGCCGUCGGGACACAAAGGUUACCCUGGCUUCCCAGGAGAGGAGGGCGUCCCUGGUGAGCGAGGGCGUCCUGGACCCAGCGGACCUCAGGGCAUUCAGGGCUGUUCUGGACUCAGAGGAUCAAAGGGCUACCGAGGACUGCGAGGAAACCGGGGCGAUGACGGAGAAGACGGACUAAAUGGCGUCAAUGGAGAGCAGGGUGUGAUGGGACAAGAUGGUGGUCGAGGAGAGCGAGGACAUCCAGGAAAUCCGGGUAUUCCAGGUAUCCGAGGGGAGGCAGGCCUGAAAGGACAGCGAGGACUGAGAGGAGAUCCGGGAGAACCAGGCAGCGACAACACUGUGCCGGGAUCCAAAGGAGACGUUGGCAAUCCUGGUUUGCCGGGACAACCGGGACAGGAUGGACGUUCCGGUGAGGUCGGCGUCAUCGGGAACCCGGGUCCGGAUGGAAGACGAGGGGCCAUCGGGGACAAGGGUGGUGCAGGAGCCCCUGGAGCUCCAGGAGUCGCAGGAAGUCCCGGUGCAUCAGGUCCACAGGGUCCCAGAGGGGUUAGAGGUCAGCCUGGGCCAAGAGGGAUCCCUGGACUUCCUGGACCGCAGGGUGCGGCAGGCUCACCUGGAGCAGUGGGCUCCACGGGACGCCGCGGUGCUAUUGGUCAGAAGGGCCAACCGGGAGAUCCGGGACCUCAGGGUGUUCCAGGAACGUAUGGAAUGCGAGGGAUGCCGGGUCAGGACGGAAGGGACGGAUUUGGACCCGCAGGACCCAAAGGGAUCAAGGGAGAUCCAGGAUUCCCAGGUUAUCCGGGUUUAGCAGGCGAGAGCGGCCUCCAGGGAGGCAAAGGCUACCCGGGAAAUAAGGGGAAUCGAGGUCGAGGGGGGAACUCGGGGCGUCCUGGAGAUGCAGGCGUGCCUGGAGAGCCGGGCUAUGCGGGUCACCGGGGCACCCGAGGUCCACCUGGAGGUAAAGGCAUGACGGAGUGUCAACUGAUCACCUUCAUCCGAGACAACUGUGCGUGCUCCAUCGACCAAAGCGCUUGCCCAGCCUUCCCCACGGAACUGGUCUUCGGUCUUGACAUGUCAGAGGACGUGACCCCGGCGGCCUUUGAGAGGCAGCGUGCGGCGCUGGUCUCAUUGCUGGAGGACAUUGCCAUCGCCGAGAGUAACUGUCCUACUGGCGCCCGCGUGGCCGUGGUGGCUUACAAUGCCUACACCAAGUAUCUGAUCCGUUUCCACGACUACCGGCGCAAGACACAGCUGCUCGACGCUGUGAGAAACAUCGCCCUGGAGCGCACAUCCAACCGGCGGCAGCUGGGCGGCGCCAUGCGUUUUGUGGCCCACAACGUCCUCAAACGCGUGCGCUCAGGGGCGAUGAUGAGGAAGGUGGCCGUCUUCUUCUCUAAUGGGCCGUCGCAGGACGACAGCAACAUUGUGACCGCCGUGAUGGAGUACCAUGCCCUCAACAUUGUGCCCGCUGUCAUCUCCCUGAGGAAUGCUCCUGCCGUCAGCCGCGCCAUGGAGCUGGAUGACACAGGGAAAUCCAUCUUCACCGUGCUGGGCAGGGACUCUGCCGCUGACCUCAGGAGGGUGAAGAACUGCGCUAUUUGUUACGACCCUUGCAAGCGGGCCCAGGAGUGCGCCUUCAUCCAGGAGACACAGCAGCCGCAGGAAGUGAGUGCUGAUGUGGUCGUGGUCGUAGACAGUUCCCGUGAGAUGCAGGCCGACGAGUACGCUGGUGCCCAGCAGCUGUUGGGCUCUGUGGUAGAACAGCUGGCUGUGAGCCCGCAGCCUCGCCAGGCCGGCAACCGGGCCCGUGUGGCUGUGGUCCAGCAGAGCGGUACACGGAACACCAAGGUGGAGUUUGGACUGCAGGCCUACCAGAACCAGCAGCUGAUGAAGACGCACCUGCUGAGCAACAUGCAUCAGCAGGGCGGCACGUCGGCGCUCGGGCAUGCUCUGGACCUGAGCUUGAGGGAGGUGCUGCUGAAGGCCGGACCCGCCCGCAGGAGGAAAGUUUUACUGGCAGUGGUUGGCACCCAGACAGCAUUUGAGGACCGGGAAACUCUGCGCUAUGUUUCCCACAAGGCCAAGUGUGAGGGUGUGGCACUGUUUGUCGUCACGGUCGGUGAGCGCUACAACCGCACGCAGGUGGAGGAGCUGGCCAGCACUCCGACACAGCAGCACCUGCUCCAUUUGCCCCGCCUCAAAGCUCAUGAGCAGGACUAUGCACGCCGCUUCUUCCGAGUCUUCAUGUCUGCACUCAACAAGGGUGUAAACACGUACCCGCCCCCAUCUAUGAAACAAACCUGUAAAGAUGAAGGGCAGGUCUUCAUCACCGGGCAGGACAUUGUGGAGGAAUUUGCCGACCAACCGGAGCAGCGGGAACAGUUCGAGGAGCAGGCGGGACAGCUAAACGCCUUCCGCAUGCCAACCACCGGAGGAUUUGAUGUAAACGUUCCAGCCGGGACCCAGUCGACCAUCUUCAAAGACGUCUGCUUCCUGGGCCAGGAUGUCGGCAGCUGUCAGAACUACACCAUGAUGUGGUUCUACAACGACCAACAGAACCAAUGCGAGCGCUUUUGGUACGGUGGCUGCGGCGGCAACGACAACCGCUUCAACACACAGGAUGAGUGCGAAGACCUAUGCAUGAGCGAGACGUCCUGAGGAGGGCGCCGCCGCAAUGCAGAUUGCGUGAACUUUGUUUGAACUUGAAAACAUUUUCUUUGAAAACAUUUUCUUUGUUUUUGUCGUAAGUCCCAUCAUGUACGUAACUUCCAAACAUUUGUGCCGCUCCUUGUAUAACCUCAAAUGUCAAGGACUUUCCAUUUCCAUACAUUCACGUACACCGAAGGAGCGUUCCGGCAUUUUCCUUCAACUGAAGACACACUUGACAUCAUUGUUUGUAUUAUUCUUUCUUAAUCCCAGCAUCACACACUUCUAGACAACUCUGUACAGAAAACAUUUUAGGACAAAUUUGCCAAAGAAACAGUCCAAUUUUACUUAAAAAAAAAAACAAUAAAAAAUUCCGUGUCA